CCACAGCAGCUACUAAACAAUGCGACCGCCGCGAAUUUCGGCCUUGGCGGACGGCCUAUGACACCAUUGUCGCCGUUGCCUCCACUUCCAACCGUCCACGCAGCAGCGGAAUCCCCUGUCUCCGCUUACAUGCGAUACAUCCAGAAUUCAAUUCCUACCGCGGAUUCAAAUCCACCGCCGCCGCAAGGAUUCUCCCCACUCGGCCCUCUGGUCUCCUCCGGCUGGAACAAUUUCGCCGCACAGCAGCAAGGAACAAUGCCUCUCCCGCCAUCAUCUGCAAUGUUACAGUCCUCACAUCCGCAGUUUCCAGUGCCACCAUCAUCACCACUGCCAUUUGGAUGCUUGAACUCGCCAAUGUCCUCGCAUGGAGUGUUCCCUUCCCCGAAUCUGACGUUUUCGCCAUCAAUAGGUCAAUUAGGGUUUCCGCAGUUGCCGCUCUCGCCUACUGUUCCCGCGUCAAGCCCAAGAUGGAUCGGCGACUAGUC